UUUGUGACAUCGCACUGCUGAGAUAAAUAACUUAUUUUUCGUAUUUAAUUAAAUUAAAAGAAACAAGUCUAUAUGGUCAUUCAUUGUAAACAAAUCGAUUAAAUUAAUAUAAAGUAAAGAAUUUCUACACUUAACUAUAGCGUGUAUGAGUUAACUUGUGAAUUGCGUGACCAUAAGUUUAGUUCUGAAGUAUCCAAUUACUAAGAUAUUUCUAGACUUUAUAACAAUGAAUGCGGCGCCGAGUGGGACGAAUAAUUUUAAAGUGGUUUUACUGGGAGAAGGUUGCGUUGGUAAAACGUCAAUACUCCUGAGAUACAUUGAAGAUAGGUUCAACGAUAAACACUUGACAACAUUGCAGGCAACAUUUCUUAAUAAGAAGCUGAACAUCAAUGGAAAACGCAUCAACCUGUCAAUCUGGGAUACAGCUGGCCAAGAGAAAUUCCAUGCACUAGGCCCUAUAUAUUACCGUAAUUCGAAUGGUGCUAUACUUGUGUAUGACAUCACUGAUGAAGAAUCGUUUGGAAAAGUGAAAAAUUGGGUAAAGGAAUUGAAAAAGAUGCUUGGAUCUGAUAUUGUACUGGUCAUAGCUGGCAAUAAAAUUGAUCUGGAACAUGAACGAAUGGUGCCUCUAGAGGAAGCUGAAACUUAUGCAGAAAUGGUUGGUGCGAAACAUUUCUACACAUCUGCUAAACUUAACCAAGGAGUAGAAGAACUAUUUCUCGAAUUAACUCGAGAAAUGGCGGAACGUUUUGAAAGGAACUCGCAAGCUGAAAACAACAGAUCAGCAAGAGUUCUUGUUGUUGACGACGAGACACCUACACAGUCCUCAUGCUGCUCUGGUAACAGGAGCACCUAAGCUGGUAACAUUUCUAUUAUUCCCUUUCAAACAAAUUUGUAUUAAUGAAUGAAUUUAAUACACAAUCUCAUAUAUUUAGAGUAUACAUAUAUAAUGAACCAUACAUAUAUUAUGAUGUCCAUAUAAUUCAUAUCAAUUGGUUGCUUUUUUCAUUAUGUAUAAGUUAUAUCAAAACUUGUUUUCAUAUAUUGCACAACGGAAAUCGGAAUAUUGAAUAACACUGAAAUAAGCAUGUAGCCAUAUAAUUAUACCAAGCCAGGAAAACAGUUAACUAAUUGAUAUAUUAUACAAUAUAUACAUAUACUUAUGUGUAUAUAAUGCAUUUAUCAAAAACUGAUCCAAAUAACAAGUAGUGGCGGAAAGGCUUGGUCCAAGCAUGAAAUAGUUCUAUAAUGUUUUAAUGCUUGCCACUAGAUAAAUAUGUCUACCGUUUGCUCAUCCUAUUUCUGUGAGAUAAACCAAGAAAAUGGUGUGUAAUUAAUAAAUUAAAUAAAUAAAUAAAUAUACUACGACAAUACACACAUCGCCAUCUAGCCCCAAAGUAAGCGUAGCUUGUAAAUGGCACAACAUUAUCACAGAGCUGCUGAAACAAGUUGCUAACUUGUGUUUGUAGCCUUUUUUUUUUGUAUAUCUCCAUAAAUCCUGUUGGCAGAAAACAUACAAGGAAGUAUUUAAAAUUGUUAUUUUGUUAUUAAUAAUAUAUUAACUGUAUGUUUCCAUAA